AUGUCUUCCAAAAAACGUCACAUUAAAGACAAAGUGUCCAUGUCAAAAAGAUCGCGAACAAUACUUACACUUGCCCAAAAAAAGGAACUGUGUCAGAAGAAAGAGAAUAAUCCACAUUUAAAACAUAUUGAAAUAGCGAACGAGUAUGGUAUUGGAGAAUCUACUGUUAGUGAAAUUUUGAAAGCAAAAGACAGGUGGUUGGCAUUUGAAGACGACUCCCCUCAAAAAAAGAAUUUGAAACGAGAAUGCAAAAGUUAUUUUCCUCAAAUUGAAGAAGCUGUAUCUUUAUGGGCGGAGCAGGCAAUUCAAGAUGGAAUCACUUUUAAUGGUCAUGUUUUACAAACUAAAGUGAAGAAAUUAGCUAAGUUAAUGAAAAUUAAAAACUUUUUAGCUUCAGAUGGCGCAUUGAACUUCAAUAAAUUCUUUCGUAAUAUGAACUAA